AUGCUUGCCAUCCUGAAGUUGGAGCCAAGCUCACUUGGGGUCCUGGCGCCGGUGUGCAGCUCGAUGGGCUUUCUUGCUUCCUCAGUGACCAAGCGUUGCUGCAUGAUGCCCCUGGGAGACAUUUCCAAAAUGACCGUUUACCGGCAACCGGUGUGGAUGCGACACUGGGGUGCUGACUCCUGCAAGCCAACCAACUUGUGGUGCAACAGCUUGGGCAUUCAGCAGCUGUGCCUUGGGAAACUCCGCAAGGAGCAGCGAAAUGGAACUGUGCCGCUUGCACGGCAGUAUGUGGAUUCACGGGGCCGCAAGAGGUGCCAUGGAGUCAAGCAGAGGCUGAAAAAAUCUCAGGUGUAUACUAAAGCCUUUGGACGUCGAAUUGCUGCGAUCCUCCCUCGUUUGCCUUCUGGUGUUGCUCCAUUGCGCAACCCACAGGACUGUACCAAUUAA